GGAAGCAUAGCCUUGCAGCAGGGCUCAGCCGGCCCCACCUGCCUGCCUGUCCAGAGAGGGGGCAGGAACGCCAGGAAGACAAGAUGGCGCACCACCUGUGCUCCCACUCUGGGAAGAAAUGAAACUUUGAGGAAAUAAUGCUUUCUGCUCCUCCAUCAGAAGGAGAAGGUCAAAGAAGUUAAGGUUUCCGUGACUUUGGCUUCGACGAUGGACAGUGGACAUAUCCAACAGCGAGCAUUUGUGGCGAGAGCCCACUCAGUCUAACCAGAGAAAGCCCUGCGUUGAAACAGGGUCAUUGACCGCAGUCGGUUGAGAAGAGUCUUUUAGUUGCAAACAGAAGUUUUGCAAGGAAAGAAUUUUAAGUUAAAAGAAACUGCAUCGUCAAUGGAGUUUGCCUUCUGGUCAUAAAACAUGAUGAAACAGAGAAAGAAUAGUUUAUUUCAACGUUAGUGUAGUUAGUUGUCCGCAGAUCUCUCUCUUCCGGUAAAUGAAGCUUUUUGCAAAUGUCUUCGUUCUCUCUGUCCUCCAUAGUGUAGCACAGAAUUGACACAUGGUGACUGUCUUUGUUAUCUAGUGCUGCUUUAACAGAAAUACCACAAGUAAAUGGCUUCAAUAGGACAAAGUAGAACUGCCCCAUAGAGUUUCCAAGGAGCGCCUGGCAGAUUUGAACUGCUGACACUUUGGUUAGCAGCCAUUGCACUUAACCACUAUGCCACCAGGGUUUCCUUCUCACAGUCUAGGAGGCUGAAGUCCAAAUUUAGGGCGUCAGCUCCAGGGGAAGGCUUUCUCUCUGUUGGCUCUGGAGGAAGGUCCUUGUCAUCAAUUUUCCCCCGGACUAGGAGCUUCUCAGAGCAGGGACCCCAGGUCCAAAGAACACACUCUGCUCCUGGCCCUACUUUCUUGAUGGUAUAAGGUCCCCCUGUCUCUCUGUUUGCUUCUCUCUUUUACAUCUCAAAAGAAAUUGACUCAAACAAAACUUAUUCUUAUAGAUGGAGUCCUGCCUUAUUAACAUAACUGCCUCUAAUCCUGCUUCAUUAACAUCACAGAGAUAGGAUUUAUAACACAUAGGAAAAUCACAUCAGAUGACAAAAUGAUGGACAAUCAUAAAAUAUUGGGAAUCAUGGCCUAGCCAAGCUGACAAACAUUUUUGGAGGACACAAUUCAAUCCAUAACAGUGAUUGUUCAAUAAAUGUCUGUCCAUUAACAUUCAGGGGGACACUGGGGUUCACUGGUAGAGUUCUUGCCUUCCACGUAGGAGAACCGCCUCGGAUUCCCGGCCAGUGCACCUCAUACGCAGCCACCACCCAUCUGUCAGUGGAGGCGUGUGUGUUGCUAUGAUGCUGAACAGGUUCCAACGAAGCUUCCAAACUAAAACAGACUAGGAAGAAAAGCCUGGUGAUCUACUUUUGAAAAUCAGCCAACGAAAACCCUAUGAAUCACAACAGUCUGAUCCAAAACCUAUCAUGGAGACUGGGCAGCAUUUUGUUUCCUUGUCCAUGGGGUCACCAUGCGUCGGUGGUCACUUUCAUUCGGAGGCCGGCCUGAUGACAGCCAACAACAACAUUAACAUCGAAUUCCUAAUACAUUUCCAUCUAAGAAAAGAGAUUCACCUUCGGGAUGGUGGUUUAUGACAUACCCUGUGAGCAGGUGGGCACUUCCGGGAUGACUAUCAUGAGCACAGCGCUAAACUUGGACACCUAGGUUCCGGAAGCUGUAAUUUCCAUGAUGUCAUAUAUGGGAUGAGGACAUUCUGUAAGUGGAACUAUGAAAAGAGAGAACUUCGGCAGCAGACGAAAACACUGAAAUUCUCCUUUUCAAGACCCAGAGUUCCAACGUUCCCUGGCUUAGCAGAGAGAAGAACCUGGGAAAAUGUGGACAAAUAAUCUUAUGGCAAGGGCCUUAUAUGACAAUGUCCCAGAAUGUGCUGAGGAGUUGGCCUUUCGCAAGGGAGACAUCCUGACCGUGAUAGAGCAGAACACGGGAGGACUGGAAGGAUGGUGGCUCUGCUCCUUGCAUGGGCGGCAAGGCAUCGUCCCAGGCAACCGCGUGAAGCUUCUGAUUGGUCCCAUGCAGGAGAUCCCUGCUGGUCAGGACCAGCCUCCUUCUGGACUGAUGCACCAGACCUUUGGCCAACAGAAGCUCUAUCAAGUGCCAAACCCACAGGCUGCUCCUCGGGAUACCAUCUACCAAGUACCACCUUCCUAUCAAAACCAAGGAAUUUACCAAGUCCCUACUGGCCAUGGUACUCAGGAAAAAGAUGUGUAUCAAGUGCCACCAUCAGUACAGAGGAGCAUUGGGGGAACCAAUGGUCCCAACUUAAGUAAAAAGGUGAUAACCCCAGUGAGGAGAGACCAUGGCUACGUGUACGAGUACCCGUCCCCAUCCAGAUUCCCAAAGGACACCUAUGACAUCCCUCCCUCUCAUACCGCUCAGGGGGUGUACGACAUCCCUCCCUCGUCGGCGAAAGGCCCUGUGUUUCCCGUUCCUGUGGGAGAGAUAAAACCUCAAGGGGUAUAUGACAUCCCUCCUAGCACGGGGAUGUAUGCCAUUCCACCUUCUGCUUGUCGAGAUGAAGUAGGGCUUAGAGGAAAGGAGUAUGAUUUCCCCUCUCCGAUGAGACAAGCUGGAAGACCAGAUGUCAGACAAGAGGGCGUUUAUGACAUCCCUCCAGCCAGCACCAAGCCAGUGGUGAAGAACCUUAGCGUAAAAUACAACUGUGAUGUCCCAGGAGCUGCUGAGCUGGUGUCCUGCAGGCAGCAGACCAUGUCCCUGAAUCACGUACCAUCACCACUGGGGCCACCAGUGAGCACUCAGGAUGAUGCAUAUGACAUCCCCCGAGGAGUUCAUUUUCUGGAACCACCAGCAGAAACCAGUGAGAAAGCAAGUCCCGAAGUAAAAGAUGGUGUUUACGAUGUUCCUCUGCAUAACCCGCCAGACACUAAAGGGUCUCAGGACGUGGUAGAUGGAAUCAACCGGUUAUCAUUCUCCAGUACAGGCAGUACAAGGAGUAACAUGUCCACAUCUUCCACCACUUCCAAGGAGUCCUCAUUGUCAGCCUCCCCAUCUCAGGACAAAAAACUUCUCCUGGAUCCAGACACGGCCAUCGAGAGGCUCCACCAGCUCCAGCAAACUCUGGAGACAGGUGUCUCCAGCCUCAUGGCAUUGGUCACCACAGACUGGCGGUGUUAUGGGUACAUGGAGAGACACAUCAAUGAGAUACGCACAGUAGUGGACAAAGUGGAGCUGUCCCUCAGGGAAUACCUCCUUUUUGCCAAGGGAGCUCUAGCCAAUGCCUCCUGCCUUCCAGAACUCAUCCUCCACAACAAAAUGAAGCGGGAGCUCCAGAGAGUCGAAGACUCUCAUCAAAUCCUAAGCCAAACCAGCCAUGACUUAAAUGAGUGCAGCUGGUCCCUGAAUAUCCUGGCAGUCAACAAGCCCCAAAACAAAUGGGAUGAUCUGGACAGGUUUGUGAUGGUGGCAAAGACAGUACCUGAUGAUGCCAAGCAACUCACCAUGACCAUUAACACCAAUGCGGAGGCCCUCUUCAAAGCAGGCCCUGGCGGCUUACAUCUGAAGAAUGGGCCCGAGAGCAUCCUGAACUCAACUGAGUACCCACAUGGUGGCUCCCACAAGGCCCAGCCCCACAACAAGACUUUGCCCCCAAGCCUGGGCAAGGACCAGCCCCCUGACUGCAGCAGCAGUGACGGCUCUGAGAGGAGCUGGAUGGAUGAUUAUGAUUAUGUCCACCUACAGGGCAAGGAGGAGUUUGAGAGGCAGCAGAAAGAGCUAUUGGAAAAAGAAAAUAUCAUCAAACAGAACAAGAUGCAGCUGGAACAUCACCAGCUAAGUCAGUUCCAGCUGUUGGAACAAGAAAUCACAAAGCCCGUGGAGAAUGACAUCUCAAAGUGGAAGCCUUCUCAGAGCCUCCCAACCACAAGCAACAGCGUGGGUGCUCAGGAUAGGCAGUUGCUCUGUUUCUACUAUGACCAGUGUGAGACCCAUUACAUUUCCCUCCUCAACGCCAUCGAUGCUCUCUUCAGUUGCGUCAGCUCAGCCCAGCCCCCGCGGAUCUUUGUGGCACACAGCAAGUUUGUCAUCCUAAGUGCACACAAACUGGUGUUCAUUGGAGACACGCUGACAAGGCAGCUCGCUGCCCAAGACAUUCGCAAUAAAGUGAUGAACUCCAGCAACCAGCUAUGCGAACAGCUCAAGACUAUAGUUAUGGCAACUAAGAUGGCCGCCCUCCACUAUCCCAGCACCACCGCCCUGCAGGAAAUGGUACAUCAAGUGACAGACCUGUCCAGAAAUGCUCAGCUGUUCAAGCGCUCUUUGCUGGAGAUGGCAACGUUCUGAGGAGGAAAGGGGGACUGAGUGGGUUCUAAGGAAAACUGGAAAUACUAUCUGGUUUUUGUAAAUGCUAUCUACUUUUGUAGAUAUUUUAUAUGAAAUAUUUUAAAUACGUUUUAUGGAUUAGACAACAUUCAGGAAUUCAGGGAGCUGGAGAUGGAAAAUUGUUUUGUUUUUGUUUUUUUUGCUCUUUGAUUCUUAUGUACACAUAUACGUAUCUAAAAUAUAAACUAUACAGAAACUUGUCCAUUUGCUUGUGUAUGCCUGUGUAUUCAUGUUCGUUUGUAGAUGUUUUGUCUGAUACAUUCCAUUAAAAAACAUGAGUUGAAAAGCACCUUAGUAAGCACCUCCAAAUGCUGCAUAUUUUUUAGAAAGCAUACCAGCUGGUUGUGAUAGCGUUAGACAUACACUUGCGGUUAUCCUGAACUGGUCACUCCCAAGUCUCGGAAGCAGAGAAUACGUGCAAGUGUUUGUCUCCCAAUUAAUGAGGCGUGACAUAACUUGUUUUGUCUUGAAGCCCCUUCCAAAAUUGACCAUUUUGAACACGUUAUGGCAAGAUGUCCCCACUUCCGAUUGGAAAAGCCCUCAGUGAGUUACAAAAAGUCUUUGUCGACAUAAGAUCUGAUACGUUAGGUGUUGGAGAGAGGAGAAGCACGUGUACUUCAAGGCCAUGUCCACAGUAGGGGCUGAGAUGUUUCAGCACUGAGAAAAGCCACAAGAAAAUGAGAGCAUGUGCUUCCCCGUGGCUAUUUGAUCAUCUGUAUCUGUGAGUGAGUGAUUCAGCCAUGAGGUUUUCCAAAGGAUGUUUUUAGAUUUCCAAAAACCAUAUUAUUUGUAGCAGGAAUUUAUAAAGACAUAUCAGAUUAUGACCGUCCACCAAAAAGGAGGAAUGGCUCCAUCUGCCAAUUGUAGAUGCCUUUCUGACUCUCAACAUUCACUCAGGUGCUACAACUCCCAUAACCUGAGGGAAACUGGCCAGUUCUUUGGUCAUCUGAACUUUAGAGCCACCGGACCACAUUCUACUCUCUAAAGAGAGUUCAUUGCUUGAUCUCUCACCUUCCUCAACACUCAUAUUGCAGACCCUACACCCAGAGCAGCUAUAUAGAGUCCUUUUGACCUUACAACUCUGUCUGGCCAGUGACCUUGCAUAUACAGUCCCCUCCCCCAGUCUCACAGCUAGGUCAUAACGUCUGUUCCAUAAUCCAUCUCCUCACCCAGUCAAUGUGGACACAGCAAAGACACACCACAAAUCAUCACAUUCAUCAUGGUGGGGACGCGGAUGAAAUACUUCCUACCUGAUGGGUAAAUGUGCUCAUGUAUUACCAAGUUAAGAAGCAUGUUAUCUACAGUAUUUCAGUCCAGUUCUUAUUUAAUGGUUUUAUUCUAGCCUAUUAGAAAACAUGUUCUUAUAUGGCAACGUAUGCUUUGACUGAAUUAAUCUUGCUUCUUUUGAACAACCAAGAUGUUGGAACACGGAAGGAUAUAACAAGGAACAAUCUCGAUGUGAUUAAAAAAAAAAAAUCAGUGGAACUUAUCAUAGAAGGUGCUUUUCAAAACAACUGCUAUCGUAAUUCCCAAAGUUUUGCUUUGUCAAAAGUAAAAAGUUGUAUUGUUCUCUGACAAGCAAGCGUGUGGGACAGAAGGGGGUUGCUGAAAAUCAACAAGACUUGAAAAAGAUGUCCUUAUAAAUUUUAUUGUGCAGUGUGUAUUUCUGAGGAGAUGAUGGACUCGUUCUAAGCUAAGUGGUGACAUUUCAAGUUUUCAGAACCAAAAUGUUCAAUCUGUAUUACUCUCUUUGCCAUCUUGUAUGUAAAGGCUAUUUUUAAAUGAUUAAAAUUUUAGAUCUCUGUUUUUAUAGCUGCUGGGUUUUCUUUUCCGUAUUUCUCUGUCACAGAAAUCAAUAU